GCCGGAGCUCCGCCCCCAGAAGACGCGGUCGGGCCCGGGGGCGUGUACUGGGCGGGCCCCACCCGCGCCCCGCCCCUCCCCGCCCCGCCCGGUCGCGGAGCGGCGGCCAGCGCUGGGAGGGCCGGCCCCGGGAUGCUACACACAACCCAGCUGUACCAGCAUGUGCCAGAGACACGCUGGCCAAUCGUGUACUCGCCGCGCUACAACAUCACCUUCAUGGGCCUGGAGAAGCUGCAUCCCUUUGAUGCUGGAAAAUGGGGCAAAGUGAUCAAUUUCCUAAAAGAAGAGAAGCUUCUGUCUGACAGCAUGCUGGUGGAGGCACGGGAGGCCUCGGAGGAGGACCUGCUGGUGGUGCACACGAGGCGCUAUCUUAACGAGCUCAAGUGGUCCUUUGCUGUUGCCACCAUCACAGAAAUCCCCCCUGUCAUCUUUCUCCCCAACUUCCUUGUGCAGAGGAAGGUGCUGAGGCCCCUUCGGACCCAGACAGGAGGAACCAUAAUGGCGGGGAAGCUGGCCGUGGAACGAGGCUGGGCCAUCAACGUGGGGGGUGGCUUCCACCAUUGCUCCAGUGACCGAGGUGGGGGCUUCUGUGCCUAUGCGGACAUCACGCUCGCCAUCAAGUUUCUGUUUGAGCGUGUGGAGGGCAUCUCCAGGGCUACCAUCAUUGAUCUUGAUGCCCAUCAGGGCAAUGGGCACGAGCGAGACUUCAUGGACGACAAACGCGUGUACAUCAUGGAUGUCUACAACCGCCACAUCUACCCCGGGGACCGCUUUGCCAAGCAGGCCAUCAGGCGGAAGGUGGAGCUGGAGUGGGGCACGGAGGAUGAUGAGUACCUGGUUAAGGUGGAGAGGAACAUUGAGAAGGCCCUCCAGGAGCACCUGCCGGACGUGGUGGUAUACAACGCAGGCACUGACAUCCUUGAGGGGGACCGCCUUGGGGGACUGUCCAUCAGCCCAGCGGGCAUCGUGAAGCGGGAUGAACUGGUGUUCCGGAUGGUCCGUGGCCGCCAGGUGCCCAUCCUCAUGGUGACCUCAGGCGGGUACCAGAAGCGCACAGCCCGCAUCAUUGCUGACUCCAUCCUUAAUUUGUUUGGCCUGGGGCUCAUUGGGCCUGAGUCACCCAGCAUCUCGGCACAGAACUCAGACACACCGCUGCUUCCCCCUGCAGUGCCCUGACCCUCGCUGCCCUGCCUGUCACUUGGCCCUGCCUAUCCGCCCCUUAGUGCUUUUUGUUUCUAACCUCUCGGGGUGGUGGAGGCAGCCUUCAGCGAGCAUGGAGGGGCAGGGCCAUCCCUGGCUGGGGCCUGGAGCUGGCCCUUCCUCCACUUUUCCCCACUGGAUGCCAGAGGGGCUCGAGGACUCUAUGGGUGGGGGCAGAAGGCGGAGCCUGUGUCCCAGGGGGACCCACAUGGAGUCACAGGCCCAUGGGUCCAGGGAGGCAGACAGUUCACUGAGAAUCAGGGAGGACCAGCGAGAUCCUAGGCACAGCGAGGGCCCUGGGUUUGGGGUGUUCUGGAGAAUGGCAGACCCAGGUCAGAGUGAGGAAGCUUCCACCUCCAUCCUGACUGGGCCUCCCUCCCUACCCUUGGUCAUGGGAUUUGCUGUCCUCUUUGCCCCAGAGCUGAAGAGCCGUGGGCGCUAGUGUGGAUGGCCUGGGAGGUGCUGGGGCUAGGUCUCCAGGUGGGCCUGGAUGUGAGGGGUGGUCAGGAGUGGGUACAGGUGGGGUUCACCCUCAAUAAAGCAAGGUCUGGACUUGCCUUCCCAGGCCCUUCUGUGGGGGUGAAGGUGGGGAAGACCUGUGGCCCCCAGAUCCCUGCUUUGGCAGCAAUCUGUCCUGUUCAGUGCAAGGGGCAGGUUUUUGGGGAGGAAUUCUUAGCUCAGGGACAGGCCUCAGUCCUGGAACCUCCAGGGGGCUGCUGACCCAGGUGGGGAGGGGGCAGAAGAAGGGUGGGGGACAUGGGCAGGCCAGGCUCACAGGUGGAAAUCAGGGAUGCAGGCUGGUGGUUAAGCCAGGUCUGGGAGGGACCCAGGCACUGGUGAGGAGGGGCAGGGCUUCCUCUUCCUGGGGAGAGGGCAGCGAGGAUCUCUAUCCCGGCCUGGGGGUUGUGAGCAUAGGUGGCCAGGGCAGGGCCCUGGGUGGGGCUGUGGCCUCCAUUGGCCCCACCAAAGUGCCCGGGCCCCGAUCCCUCUCUGUGCCCAGGGCCCCCAGGUGGGCCGGGCCUCUGGCCUGUUCCCCAGCCCUACUCUGAUGGGGAUAUUCAGGGCCCUCCAGGAAGUAUGCUGGGAGCAUCCACCCCUGCUAGCCAGUGGCUGUGGCCCUGACCAAAUCAGGGCUGGGGAGGGAAAGUGGGUCCGUGGAGGUGUCCCUGCUCCAUCAGCCCCCUACAGGACUUGUGUUCAUUACAGUGGGGGGGCUUCCACUGUCUCCCAGCCUCCCUCAUUCUCCCUCUGCUGCAGGGGGAGGGUUCCAAGAUCACAAAUUGUCAACAGUGCCGGCCUCCUGAGGCUCUAACAAUGCACUCCGAGACCCCUACCCUUGCCGUUGGUCUCUGUCGCCAACUCGAGGCACCUAACAUCUGUUCACACCCAAUGCAGGCCAGCAACUUCUGGGGCUCAGCCACAGACAUGGUUUGUCACUGCUGAGCUGUUGCUAGAGAGCCUAGAGGCUUGAUUGACCCAGGCUGCUGUGUGUGCUGGAGGUGAAGAAUCCCCACCUACUAGGGGUGAAAGGAAAUGAAGAUGGAAAGUUCUUGUAGCACAAGGCCUGACAUGGGUAGCUGCUCAAUAAAUGCUAGUGUGUGAUUCCA